GCAAGAUGUGAGGGACAGUGGACGUGGUGUGCAUUUCGUCGUAUCUUUGGUGCGAAGCACAAAGUAAACAGAAAAGGCACGUCUAUGAAUGCCACUACCGUCAGGUCAGGUAAGACCGUUGAACGUGGAUGGGAUGCUCGCUCUGCUACGCGUCGAUUGAUUGGUCGACGUCUCCACACGCACCAUCUCCUCUAAGGUUAGCCGUCCACCUAUUCUCACACCAACAAUCUCCUCUAAGGUUAGCCGGCCAGCUAUUCUCACACCAACAAUCUCUCUCUCUCUGCUCGCUGUGUGUGUGUGUGUGUGUGUGUGUGUGUGUGUGUGNGAGAGAGAGAGAGAGAGAGAGAGAGAGAGAGAGAGAGAGAGAGAGAGAGAGAGAGAGAGAGAGAGAGAGAGGAUGGCGGUUGCGGGAGCAGAGACAAUUGGAGGGGUAAUGGGGUCAUUGGGGGUAGGAGGGGGGAGGUGGUGGUGUAGCAGCAUGCUACGGACCGGAGAGAAGAGGGAUAUGGAUAUGGAGUUGGGUUUGCAGGGUAGAUGUAGAUCUGACGCGUUGCACGGCGAGGGAGGAGACUUUAGGCGGGCGUUCAUCAAGGCACAUUUGCCGGGCGACACGUGUCAUUCUGCCCAUCAUUUCCCAUUGCGCUGCCACGCUGGCUUUCGCCUUUUCCGAGAAUCUGGCGGCUAUGGCCACCGUCGCUGCGGAGCCGCAGCGGACGUUUCUCCCAGCGGGCGACCUGUGCUUCCCUCUGGCAAACCCAGAGCUUGGCGUGAUGUUCGCAAAGGAGGAGGCCACGUGGAACGGCGGCGAGUCGACACGUGUGUCACUCGCACGUGGCCACGUGCAUUCUUGCGAGUUGAUCACUGCUCGUCUCGAGAAGCAAUUGAUUGGCAAUCAAACAGGAGGAGGCCACGUGGAGGGACGACCAGGGGGGUGCUAGAGUGUCCCCGGUCUAGUUGUAUUCUGGCGUCACGUAAGCGCCGCAUACCUCCUCUACCAUUCACACAUCCAUCGUCUCCUUCUUCUUCAACACCUUGGCGAUCAAGAUUACCUCCCGAGAGGUUGUUGCAAUCCAUCUUCUCCUCCUCCUCCGCCCGUUCCUCCUCUUUGUCCUCCUCCUCCUCCUCCUCCUCCUCCUCCUCCUCCUCCUCCUCCUCGGUCCCUAUGCUUGCAUUAUCCUUCUCUUCGUUGUCGGCCUCGUCCGUGCCGCUGUCAUCCGACUGUUCUUGCAAUGCCGCUCCUUUACCAGCAUCAAGAAGGCUCUCCUCCUCCUCCCCCCCUUCCUCCUCCUCCUCCUCCCUUUCCUCCUCCUCCUCCCCCUCUUCCUAUAACUUCUCCUACCUCGUUCCCAGGCUUUCAUCAUCGCCGUCUUCGUUGUCGGGACCUUAUUUAUUAUCGCGGUCGACUAACUCCCCUUGCAUUGCCACCGCUUUAUCAGCUUCCGGGGCCUCCUACUCGUUUCCCUCUUCCUCUUCCUCUUCCUCCUCCUCCUCCUCCUCCUCCUCCUCCUCCCCCCUCUCCCCUUCCCGCGUCUCUACUGGGCGAUUCUCCGCAGUCGCCCCUCGCUUCGCUAUCGCGCCAUCGUCAUCAGGGGCCUCUUCCUCCUCCUCCUCCUCCUCCCCCCUCUCCCCUUCCCGCGCCUCUACGCGGCGAUUCUCCGCAGUCGCCCCUCGCUUCGCCAUCGCGCCAUCGUCAUCAGGGGCCGCUGGACUUGCAACGAAUCUCGAAAGGAGUGAAGAUCUAACGGAUCAGGCGGCGGCGCGCACUGCGCGCCAAUCUGUCGCUAGAGAUAGCUUGGACCAGCGGGUGCACAGAUUUGACGAGGAGAUCGAACGGCUGCGAGCUCUUCGCGGGACUCUAUCGCUAGCCCGAAGUAUGGAGGAGAAGAUAGAAAUCCUCGAUGACGAUCGACGAGUGCAAGCGGUGUUCGGGUUGGAGGAGGAAGAGGGCGAGGGAGAGAAUGGGAGAGGGAGGGAGGCCGAGAGUAGGGCACGCACUCGACAGUGCGCGGCAUUGUGUCGUGCGUUGCUAGAUCAAUCAGAGCUCACGAUCCUCAAAUCCCUCAUAGCCGCGGGCCAAGGGCAUGUGUUGGACGUAUCGCUUGAAUGGGACCAUACUCCUCUUCUGUAUCCUCCCCACCCUCCUCCUUCUCCUCCUCCUCCUCCUUCUCCUCUUUCUCCUCUUUCUCCUCCUUCUCCCUAUCCAAUUGACCAUCGUCAGCAGCAAGAGAACAACAACAAGAUCGAGAAGGAUGAGUCGGGUGCCGCAGAGGCGUAUGAAGAGUCGGUGCAGGGCGGAGGAUGGCAGAUCAACGGUUUUCCCGGUGGAGAUGUAGGAGGGUGGAAAGAGAUUCAGGCUAUGGCUGCGUCGUCAUUAUCGUCGAAAAGCGUCAUCAAGGGAGCCCUUGGACAGAUUGCCAAGAUGAUUGAUUUGGUCUCGAGGACCGAUGAGAGAAAGGACAUGAAAAGAAGUAAGCCAGAAGGAGGAAGAGGAGGAGGAGGAGGGGGAGGAGUUAGGACAACAAUCGUGAGAGAGAGAGCGAAGGGCCCUUCGCGAACAGAUGAAGGGUUUUGCGUCCAAGGUCACGAGAUCAACGCUUUUGAGGAUUUCAAGCGCGAUUUCAAGGAACUCUUGGCCUCCCAAAGCCGCAUUGAACAGUUUUACGACUCAAUUGGUGGGAUAAUCGGGUACCAGCUGUUGAUCUUGGAACUGAUAAGGGAUCAUGAGAUGGAACAUCUGGUCCAGGACCGAGCUGAGAGGGGAAAAGGAGGAGGAGGACUGAAUCAACGGGGCGGAGUGUCCACAUCUCUACCCGGGAAUGGCAAUGUCGAUGGGGACCACCAGAACAAUCUUGGGUGGCAGCGCACUUUCCCGCCGAUUUCGGAUGACAAUGACAUCCAUUCUUCUUCUUCUUCUUCUUCUUCUUCUUCUUCUGCUGCUGCUGCUGCUGCUGCUGCUGCUUCUUUUGCUGCUUCUUCUUCUUCUGCUGCUGCUGCUGCUUCUUUUGCUCCUUCUGAGCCCGGGAACAAGAAGAUCGUCGUGAAUGGAAAUGCGCGGGAGCAGAACGGAUCAGCUAGAGUAGGAGGGGAGAGUCCCAUCACGACCAGGUUCCACGUACCUGCAGGAGUGGAUUUGUCGAAGGAAGACGGGUUUGCUAGACAGGCGGCCUCUUGGGGACUGGAGGGUAUGCCCCAAAUGGGGGAAAUUUACCCUCUUGGAGGUGCUGGGGAUCGCUUAGGCUUGGUCGAUGAUUUCACAGGAGAAUGCCUUCCUGUUGCUAGCCUUAAUUAUUGUGGCCGCUCGCUUCUCGAAGGGCUAAUUAGGGAUCUCCAGGCGCGAGAGUAUCUUUACUACAACAUCCACGGCGAGCAAUGCAUUACGCCAGUAGCGAUAAUGACUAGCGCUGCCAAGAACAACCACAGGCACGUAACCACCAUCUGCAAGCAGAAUCAGUGGUUUGGCCGUGGUCAAGGUAAUUUCCGCCUGUUUGAGCAGCCAUUGGUCCCCGUGGUGAGCUUGGAUGACGGCAAGUGGAUUGUGAUCGGGCCUCUUCAGGUCCUGUUAAAGCCAGGAGGCCACGGUGCGCUCUGGAAGCUGGCAUUAGACGAGGGGGUGUUUGAUUGGUUCGGCGCGCGCCGGCGGCAAUCUGCCAUCUUGCGCCAAAUCAGCAAUCCUUUGGCGGGAACCGAUGACACUCUCCUUGCCCUGUCCGGCGUGGGACUCAAGGGGGAGAAGAAGUUUGGAUUCAUGUCGUGCGAGCGCAAUGUGGGGUCCGCAGAAGGGGUGAACGUGCUGAUCGAGACCAACCGGCCGGGAGCGGACGGGAUCGGGAUGUGGGAGUACAGCGUGAGCAAUGUCGAGUACACGCAAUUCGAUGUCCUUGGGAUCGCCGACAAACCCCUCGAAGACGGCAGCCCGCAGGCCAAGUUUCCCGCCAAUACCAACGUGUUGUACGCCAACCUGGAAGCGGUUAAGGAGGUCGUGACACGUGGCGGCCUGGCCGCGCUUCCCGGAAUCAUCAUCAAUUUGAAAAAGCCCAUCUUGUACGUGGACACCAACGGUCGGGAGCGCAGCGUGCGCGGCGGCAGACUGGAAUGCACGAUGCAGAAUAUUGCCGACAGCCUGGUGCACCGGUCCGCGUCCCGACUGCCGCCCGAACGGCAUCGGGAUCUCGACACCUUUGUUUUAUUCAACUCGAGGCAGAAGGUCACAUCAUCCGCGAAGAGAAAACGCAAACCGGGCGAUCUGAACAUCCACCAGACGCCCGACGGGUCCUUCUACGACUUGAUGAGGAACGCGCGGGAAGUCCUGACGUCUUGUGGGAUGUCGAUGCCCUUGAUGAGUCCCAAGGACGAGUACCUGACCCACGGCCCACCGUUUCUCGUCCUUUAUCAUCCGGCCUUGGGACCGUUAUGGGACAUAAUCAGGCAGAAGAUCCGGGGGGGGGCCAUGACGAAGGGAUCGGAGUUGUGUCUCGACAUAGCGGAGCUGGCUAUGGAGGAGGUGGAACUCGACGGAAGUCUCAGAGUGCAGGCGAAGAACGUGAUGGGCGAGAUGGUGGUCAAGGACGGGGAAUCGGUCUUGAGGUACGGAAGGAGGUGUGGGAGGUGCAGGCUUAGGAGGGUCAAGGUAAUCAACAGGGGGGUGACGUGGCGGCCGGAGAACGUCUACUGGCAGCACAGAGUGGCACGAUACGAGAGUGUGCAGGUGAUUCUCCAUGGGGACGCGGAGUUCGACGCCAGUGAUGUGACAAUAACCGGGCAGCACACCUUCGAGGUGCCGGACGGCCAUAGGUUGCGGCUUGUACCGAGUGGGGACCACGCAGAGUCGGGAUCGGGAUACCAAGCGAUUAUGGAGAAGAAAGGGGAGGAGGAGAGGAAACACGAACAAGCAGACGGCGAGGUGGAGGACAACAUAUCCUUGGCCACUGGUGAUGAUGAGGAUGAGGAGGAGGAGGACGAGGAGGAGGAAUGUCGGCGGCGACCAACUUGGUAUUGGAAGUACGGAAAGGAGGAAGAUGGGAGAAUCGUGCUCGAGAUGACUAGUGACGACGAUUGGGAUCCCAGCGGCAGCAGCAGCAGCAGCAGCAGCCGGUAGGGAGAGGCAAGAAGAGCCAACAUUGAAUUGAUCUGAACAAAUUAAACGAGAAGGA